GUGGACAGCGAUAAGCCAGAUGAGACCAGGCUGAUAGAGAUCGACGAAUCACAGCGCAGCGAGCACACGGUCUUCAUCACACCCCCAGAAAUACCCCAUCUACCUGAUGGAGAGGAGUACCCACUCUGCUACAGCUAUGCAGGUUUCCCGGUGUUGAGUCUGGAUCUGUUUGACCCCAUGGAGGGCCUCCGGACCCCUGCCUCUCGCCUGGCUGCCCGACAGAGCUGCCCCACCAGCCCCGCACCCAUGUUCAGACGCACCAAACAGGAGAUCAAGUUGUCUCAGAAGAUAGCCAAGAGGUACGCUGCCAUCCCUCAGAUGUGGUCCAAGUGUCUGCUGCGCCACUGCUACGGCCUGUGGUUCAUCUGUCUGCCAUCCUACGUCAAGGUGUGCCACUCCAAGGUGCGGGCGCUGCGCACCGCCUACGACGUCCUCAGGAAGAUGCAGGCCAAGAAACUACAGCCUCCCGACGAGGUGUGUUACAGGGUCUAGAUGCAGCUGUGUGGUCAGUACGGCCAGCCAGUCCUG